AUUUAUGUUUUUAUUGGACCUUUUUCACAACGCGCACAUAUUUCCAAACAUCACAGUAAAGGCAGUGAAACAACAUAAACAACAUGGCGCUGGACAGCCUGAGAGAUGUGGACAAUUCUUAUGUUAGCAGAAUUCACAGUAGGAGGACAUCAGGAAAACUUCAUAAAGGUAAUAGCAUAGCAGCACCAAAUGCUUCCAUACCCAGCAGGUACCAAACUAUAAUCACAGACAAUUCAGACAGGAAAGGAUUCUUAUCAAAAGCCAAAAGAUUUAACCACGAAGCAAUUAUAGAUGAUAACCCUGGUCCAGGAACAUAUGUAAAUCAAACAAAAACAGAAACUGUCAGCACUUCAUUCUCUAAAAGAGGAACAGGAGGAUUUGCAUCAAAGAGUAAAAGAGAACAAAAAGUGGGGCCAACACCAGGUCCUGGCUCUGCUGCUUAUCAGUUGCCAAGUUUGUUACAGUCAAAGAAAGAUUUUAACAAUGCAUAUACAAGAGUAUUCCACAAACCUAUAGCACAGCCUGUUGAAAAACUGUCAGCUGUACCAGCACCAAAUGAAUAUGAGGUCCUCAGGUACAAGCCAGGCAAGGCUAACAAUGUAUCUGCCCAAGCAGCUUUCAAGUCACAAUCAAAACGGGAAGUUAUGGACACAAAGGAAUCUGCAAAGAAACCUGCUCCAUGGCAAUAUCAUGUAGAUGACAAACUCCUUCGUGACAGUAUCAAAGUUCCUUUUUCAAGUUUCAAGUCAACAUCAAAAAGACAAAUGGCACCAGAUCCGCCUCCUUAUCCUGGACCUGGGACAUACAAACCACAUGAGGCAGUAGAGGAGAGUGCAAACAAACUCAUUUUACCACGCAAACAUUACUUGUGUAUCUCAGCCCCAGCCAUGCCCCUGCCUCCAGCACAGCCCCAGCCUGGACCUGGCAGCUAUGAGUUGGUGGACUUUGAUGGUGCUCCCAAACACUUCAUGUCUAGCUCCAUGUUUGUCUCAUCUAGUAGUCGGUGGACUGGGGACAUCAGAGGCACAGAUCUACCUGGACCAGCACAUUACCAUCCAGAUAGUACAGGCAAACAGAGCUUCAUCUAUAAUUCAGUUGGCAGGUGGAUUUAAGUUAUUUGGAUGCAAGAUGAAUGAAGAGGUGCAUUUUGUUUAGAAGGGACAGAGGACACCAAACAUUGAUAAAUAAUAUUGGACAUUUAUUACUUUAAUUUAUCUGUGAUAUACUCAGAAAAAAAAACUGUGAUACAGAGAUUUUUCAGUUAUCAGAUAUUUGUUCCAACAACAUGUGUUUAUUUCAUUUUAGUUAAUAUUGCUGUUAAACAAAGAUUUGGCACAAUAUUAUCUGUAAACAAAAUUAUCAUUGACUAGAUAUACCAAUUUCUGUUUUUGAAUUUCUUGUAAGCAUGUUAAAUCUGACCGAAGCUUGCUUUUAUUCCACAUUUAGAUUUUAAGGAUUGAGCAAGGCUUUCCUGAAGACCUCUUUUUAUUGUUGAUGAACGAGUAGUUCUUUGACUACUUUUUAAUUAAAAUUCAUAAAGAUUAAAUCACUGACUUCAAAGUACUAAGUUUGCGCUAAGUUUCCCAUUGUCAGAAGAGUCCUGCUGUAAAUUGAGUGGGUACAUGUAUAAUGAACAAACUUGUAUAUAAGAUGUAUAAAUGUAAAUUUGUAAUUUUGUAUAUAAAUGCAGGUGAUAAGAAAAUGAAAAGGUAUUAAG